AUAGGCUGCGGAGCGCCUGGGUGCGCGGCCUGCGGCGGGGCGCACGGUGGACCGGCUUUGGAACCACUGCCCCAGGACCCCGCGAGCAGUCUCUGGCCUCGGCCGCACUACUUGCUGCCCGACACCAACGUUUUACUGCAUCAGGUGCGUCGGCUGGAGCACGAAGGGCUUAUCGCCCGCCUUCCCAGGACGAGGGGGCGUGGCAGAUAGGAAACAGAGGCUCAGGGAGGAGGGUCUUUGGCAGUACCUUGUACUUUGGAGAGGCAAGCCCCUUAGGGACCCUCACUUCCGUUUUCCCAGGCUGAAGUUCUUUUCCUUAUGCCUUUUUCUUUAUUUUUUCCUUUUUUCGGUUUUGGAGUCUUAUUUUAGACACGUUAAUUUUCUAACUCCUGGUGUCUCUUCUACCUUAGAUUAUAAGUGCCUGGAAGCCGGGGACCUGGGCUUCUGAGGCUUCCAGCUUGCGACCCCCAGGCAGCUUAUUGAUGUUCUUGAGGACCCUGCCAUCAGGAAUGUAAUUGUACUACAAACGGUUCUCCAAGAAGUGAGAAAUCGGAGUGCUCCUGUAUAUAAAAGAAUCCGGGAUGUGACUAAUAACCAGGAGAAGCAUUUUUAUACAUUCACUAAUGAGCACCAUAGAGAAACCUAUGUAGAACAAGAACAGGGAGAAAAUGCUAAUGACAGAAAUGAUAGAGCCAUUCGAGUAGCAGCAAAAUGGUACAAUGAACAUUUGAAGAAAAUGUCAGCAGAAAAUCAGCUACAAGUUAUCUUUAUAACCAAUGACAGAAAAAACAAAGAGAAAGCUGUUGAAGAAGGAAUACCAGCUUUCACAUGUGAAGAAUAUGUUAAGAGCCUCACUGCUAACCCUGAACUCAUAGAUCGUCUUGCUUGUUUAUCUGAAGAAGGGAAAGAAAUAGAAAGUGGGAAAAUUAUAUUUUCAGAGCAUCUUCCCCUAAGUAAGCUACAACAAGGCAUAAAAUCUGGCAUAUACCUUCAAGGAACAUUUAGAGCUAGCAGGGAAAAUUACUUAGAAGCUACUGUAUGGAUUCAUGGAGACACUGAAGAAAAUAAAGAGAUAAUCUUACAAGGACUUAAACAUUUAAAUCGAGCUGUUCAUGAAGAUAUUGUAGCUGUUGAGCUUUUUCCUAAGAGUCAGUGGGUGGCACCAUCUUCUGUGGUUUUACAAGAUGAAGGGCAAAAUGAAGACGAUGUGGAAAAAGAAGAGGAGAGAGAACAAAUGCUUAAGACUGCUGUAAAUGAAAAAAUGUUAAAGCCUACAGGUAGAGUUGUAGGAAUAAUAAAAAGGAAUUGGAGACCAUAUUGUGGCAUGCUUUCCAAGUCUGAUAUUAAGGAGUCUAGAAGACAUCUCUUUACACCAGCUGAUAAGAGAAUCCCUCGAAUUCGGAUAGAAACAAGACAGGCUUCUACAUUAGAAGGACGGAGAAUUAUUGUUGCUAUUGAUGGUUGGCCCAGAAAUUCCAGAUAUCCAAAUGGACACUUUGUAAAAAAUUUAGGUGAUGUUGGAGAGAAGGAGACGGAAACAGAAGUUUUAUUACUUGAGCAUGAUGUUCCUCAUCAGCCCUUUUCCCAGGCUGUUCUUAGCUUUCUGCCAAAGAUGCCCUGGAGCAUUACUGAAAAAGACAUGAAAAACCGGGAAGACCUGAGGCAUCUGUGUGUGUGUAGUGUGGACCCACCAGGAUGUACUGAUAUAGAUGAUGCUCUACAUUGUAGAGAACUCAAAAAUGGAAACUUGGAGGUUGGUGUUCAUAUUGCAGAUGUUAGCCAUUUUAUUAGGCCAGGAAAUGCCUUAGAUCAAGAAUCAGCCAGGAGAGGAACAACGGUUUAUCUUUGUGAAAAGAGGAUUGACAUGGUUCCAGAGUUGCUUAGCUCUAACUUAUGUUCCUUAAGGUGUAAUGUUGACAGGCUGGCAUUUUCAUGUAUUUGGGAAAUGAAUCACAAUGCUGAAAUUUUAAAAACGAGAUUUACCAAAAGUGUAAUUAAUUCAAAGGCUUCUCUUACUUACGCUGAAGCUCAAAUGAGAAUUGAUUCAGCAACCGUGAAUGAUGAUAUUACCAUUAGUCUCCGUGGACUAAAUAAACUAGCUAAAAUUCUGAAAAAAGGAAGAAUUGAAAAAGGGGCUUUGACUCUUUCUUCCCCAGAAAUUCGAUUCCACAUGGACAGUGAAACUCAUGAUCCUAUAGACUUACAAACCAAGGAACUUAGGGAAACAAAUUCCAUGGUGGAAGAAUUCAUGUUACUGGCUAAUAUCUCUGUUGCAAAAAAAAUUCAUGAAGAAUUUUCUGAACAUGCUUUGCUUCGAAAACAUCCUGCUCCACCUCCAUCAAAUUAUGAAAUUCUUGUUAAGGCAGCUAAGUCCAAAAAUUUGGAAAUUAAAACUGAUACAGCCAAGUCUUUGGCGCAGUCUUUGGACCAGGCCGAAUCUCCUGCUUUCCCAUAUCUAAAUACUCUGUUGAGAAUAUUAGCCACUCGCUGUAUGAUGCAAGCUGUAUACUUCUGUUCUGGAAUGGAUAAUGAUUUUCAUCACUAUGGUUUAGCAUCCCCAAUAUACACACAUUUUACUUCUCCCAUCAGAAGGUAUGCAGACAUCAUUGUUCAUCGACUGUUGGCUGUGGCUAUUGGGGCUGACUGUACUUAUCCAGAGUUGACAGAUAAACACAAGCUUGCUGAUAUAUGUAAAAAUCUUAAUUUCCGGCACAAGAUGGCUCAGUAUGCUCAACGUGCAUCAGUGGCUUUUCAUACCCAGUUAUUUUUCAAAAGCAAAGGAAUAGUAAGUGAAGAGGCCUAUAUUCUGUUUGUAAGAAAGAAUGCUAUUGUGGUAUUAAUUCCAAAGUACGGUUUAGAAGGUACAGUUUUUUUUGAAGAAAAGGACAAACCAAAGCCACAUCUUAUUUAUGACGAUGAGAUACCAUCACUUAAAAUAGAAGGCAUAGUGUUCCACGUGUUUGAUAAAGUGAAAGUGAAAAUCAUGUUAGACUCAUCUAAUCUUCAGCAUCAAAAAAUCCGAAUGGCCCUGGUAGAACCACAGAUACCAGGAAUAAGCAUUCCUACUGAUUCUUCAAAUGCCGACCUUAAUGAACCAGAGAAAAAGAAGAAGAAACUUGAAAAAUAGCUAGUCAUUCAACAAAAAAAAAAAUGAAAGACAAGUUUCCUUAAAAAAAAAAAAAAUUGAGAAUACUUCUAAGCCUAAGUGUGUGAUAGUUUGUUACCAAUACGUACAUUUUAAUACUUUUAGAAAUUUGCAUAUUUAUUGAACUGUUGACUGUAUCUGUCUUAUACUACUUCAUUUCUAGAUUGAACAGAACUAUUUAUGCAGAAAAAUUCAAUUGAAUAUCCAUCACUGAAAUAGUGACAGGAUAGCAACUUCAGAGAUCUGUAAAGAUCAUUUAAAUUGAGCAGUCAUCUGCUCAUUGAAAAGCAGAUUAAUUUUGCAUAAGUACUUUGAUUAUUUAAUAUUGGUAGGGAAAAAAAUCUAUCAUUUUCCUAAAGAGGAAAAUAGAACAUUUUUAGAAGCAAAUAAUAAUCCUUUCUAAGUCUUGAAAGCUGUCAGUGUUUGAUAUACAAUACCUUUGCCAUUUUAAUUUACCUAAUUUAGAUUAAGUGUGUAGUAAAAAGUCUCCUGCAUUUCAUCCAUCCUUGAACAGCCAUGAAUAUUUGGAAACUGGUAAAAAGACAAGAAACAGGAUGUGACUAGGAAAAUAGUUUUUUGUUGCCAAGUAAUAUGUGAUCAUUAUCCUUGACCUUCAAUGUCUCUCCAGAAUAAGGCAUUUGAGGUUAGGGGUGGUACUUUAGAUGUCUAUGUCUGCUUAUAAAAAAGACAAUGGUUUUUAAAUUACAUUUGUAUCAGAUGAUAUAGGAUGGGGGCUUUUAUGAAGGACAUUAAAACGAAUAAAAAUAAGUUGUCUUA